GAGCCUGCCUGCUGACGAUGCGCGAGCCCCCUCGUCGGAGUCGCGUCGUCCGGAGUCGCUCCGAACGUUACGUACACUCGACGCGAUCCUCCUCGGACGCGAUCCGCGAUCGCCGUUCCGCGCGUGGGCGCGACCCACGAUCCCUCAGGUUGACCGCGGCGGUCUUCUAGGAAGCCACGGCUUCCUGCGCGGUCGUCCUCCUGUUGUCAUUCGCGACGCGCGAGCCCGCGCGCGCGCGCCCCGCCAGGUCGUUUUCCUCUCGCUGUGGUCGCUGUAAAUAAUCGCCGACCGAUGCACCUUCGCUGAGCUGCUGGAGAUCACUUGCGAAGGAGGCAAGGGUGGAGAGAGUGAGAGUGAGAGAGAGAGAGAGAGGAGAGGGAAAAAGGAAAAGUCGUCGACGGGGCGAGAACGCCCCGCCAGGAAGAGAACGCCCUGGCGGAGACCCGCAGGAACGACGCAGGGACGACCGACGUCGUGGAGUCGAAUGUCGAUCAGGGAUUGCGCGCGGGCAUGGACGAGCGGGAGGUACUUCUCCUACCGCCCUUCUCGGGCGCGAGUAGCAAGGAACGGGCGAGGAAGAAGCUCUGGCGCAGCGCGGUAAAGAUAGUGGCGAGCGACGACGAGGACUCGGACGCGGACGAGCACGAGUGCGCGUUCUUCCCGUCCAAGCGGCACUGCACGCAGUUGUCCAAGGCCACCGAACCUGGUCGCCCAGACGCGGAGCAGCAUACCACCAGUGCGAACGUCGCGGAGACGCCAGCCAGCAGCGAUUACGAUGAGAUUAUAUACCAAAUACAUAUUGAGGAGAAGCUGAAGUUGUGGCAGGCCUUCCAGGAGGAGGAGGGAUCCAUGGAUAACAGCAUCAACGAGGUCCUGGCUUACUACAGGAUGAUGCAUCCGCCCGAUCCCCUCGAGGAGGAGUCGUCCGUCGGCUCCAGGUUCCACCAGUCGUACCGCGGCAACGACAUGGAGGACACGGCGGUGACGAUGGCGAUCCGCAAUCACGGCUUAGUCCAGUCGGCCGAGCUCGCGCUCCAGCCGCACUACUGUAAAUGCAUAGGUGUCGAUUGUUCCUUCUCGUCCAAAUGCAUGUACGAACUUGAGGACUUUCCCUAUGGGACGGUCUACAGCAACGUAGAAACGGGUAGAUGCAAUGCAUUGGACGCGGACAAAGUAUACGAGUGUGAUCAGCCGGAGGACUUCCUGGAGCGCGCCGUCGGGGAGGCGAUCAAGAAGAAAGGUCUAAGCGCUCUGAGUGUGGAUUACGGUUGAAUUGAACUCUCGCGCUCAACGGCCCGCUCUAAUUCCUUUGGUGUAUUUUUAUAUAUAUAU